CCAGCGCUCAGCCAUUUCCCCUUUCAAGCUCAGGAUUGUGCAUUUCCCUUCCUGUUUAGAGGAGCCAUGGAGCAGUGCAUUGUGAUUGCCAAUUGACUGACUGACACAGGGAAAGACUUCACAUAUGGAUCCAUUCUGCGUAUGAUACUUCCAGGUUUAAUUUAAAGGAGAGGGCAUUGCCAUUUUGGGGGGGUGUAACCCCCCUUUGCUAUUUUCUUGCUCAUGGCUGAGACCAAAAUCAUCUACCAUAUAGAUGAAGAAGAAACCCCUUAUCUGGUGAAACUGCCUGUUCCUCCUGAGAAAGUGACCUUAGCGGAUUUUAAAAAUGUCCUCAGCAACAGACCUGUGCAUCAUUACAAAUUCUUCUUCAAGUCCAUGGACCAGGAUUUUGGGGUGGUUAAAGAGGAAAUCUCGGAUGACAAUGCAAAGCUCCCAUGUUUUAAUGGCAGAGUGGUAUCUUGGUUGGUGUUGGCAGAAAGCUCACACUCAGAUGGUGGAUCUCAAAGCACUGAAAGUCGCACGGACCUUCCUCUUCCUAUAGAGAGAACGGGAGGCAUCGGGGACUCACGCCCACCAUCUUUUCACCCAAAUGCCAGUAGCAGUCGAGAUGGACUAGACAAUGAGACUGGCACAGACUCUGUUGUUAGCCACCGAAGGGAUCGACACCGGAGAAAGAACAGAGAGACACAUGAUGAUGUUCCCAGGAUCAAUGGUCACCCAAAGCUGGAUCGAAUACGGGACCCAGGAGGAUAUGACAGUGCUUCCACUGUGAUGAGCAGUGAGCUUGAAUCCAGUAGCUUUGUUGACUCAGAUGAGGAUGAGAACACAAGCAGGUUAAGCAGCUCCACAGAACAGAGCACAUCGUCUAGACUUAUCCGCAAACACAAACGGCGAAGACGGAAGCAAAAGAUGCGUCAGAUUGAUCGAUCAUCAUCAUUCAGCAGCAUCACAGACUCAACCAUGUCCCUGAAUAUUAUCACAGUAACAUUAAAUAUGGAGAAGUACAACUUUUUAGGCAUCAGUAUUGUCGGACAGAGCAAUGAUCGUGGAGAUGGUGGGAUUUAUAUUGGAUCUAUAAUGAAAGGAGGAGCUGUAGCAGCGGAUGGGCGUAUUGAACCUGGAGAUAUGCUUCUGCAGGUGAAUGAUGUCAACUUUGAGAACAUGAGCAAUGAUGAUGCAGUGAGAGUCCUUCGGGAAAUUGUCUCAAAGCCAGGACCAAUCAGUCUGACUGUGGCAAAAUGCUGGGAUCCAACACCUAGAAGCUAUUUCACCAUUCCCCGGGCGGAACCUGUGAGGCCAAUCGACCCUGCUGCUUGGAUCACUCAUACCUCAGCCUUGACGGGAGCAUACCCCCGUUACGGUAUGGGCCCCUCCAUGAGCAUCAUCACAUGCACCAGCUCCUCAUUAACAAGCUCUAAACCUGAGUCGGAAAAACAGGAAGAUUCUCCGUUGUCUGUAAAGAGUGACAUGGCCACUAUAGUAAAGGUGAUGCAGGUGCCUGAUUCAGGUCUGGAGAUCCGGGACCGCAUGUGGUUAAAAAUAACUAUAUCCAAUGCAGUUAUAGGAGCGGACGUUGUGGACUGGCUCUACACACAUGUUGAAGGCUUCAAAGAACGCAGAGAGGCCAGGAAAUAUGCCAGCAGCAUGUUAAAACAUGGCUACCUCAGGCACACAGUGAACAAAAUCACCUUCUCUGAGCAGUGCUACUAUGUAUUUGGAGACCUGUGUGGCAAUGUGGCAGCACUGAAUCUUAAUGACGGCUCGAGUGGUACCUCUGAUCAGGACACGCUGGCUCCACUCCCCCAUCCAGCUGCCCCGUGGCCUUUAGGACAGGGUUACUCUUAUCAGUAUCCUCUAGCCCCGCCCUGCUUUCCACCAACCUACCAGGAGCCAGGCUUUAGCUAUGGCAGUGGCAGUGCUGGGAGCCAGCAUAGCGAAGGUAGUAAAAGCAGUGGCUCCAGCCGUAGCAAUCGAGAAGGGAAAAGGUCUUCUGGCCGAGAGAAGGAGCGCAGGUCCACAGGCAGUGGCAGUGGGUCAGACCGCGCACCUCGCAGUGGAGGCAGCAAAAACGAGAGGCCCCUGAGUCAGCACAGUCACCACAGUCACAGCUCAGUGUCACGGAGUCAACGCAGUCACCGCAGCAACAGCCACCACUCCCACGGUCCACCUGGUCUUCCCCCUCUUUUCAGCCUGCCAAAGAUCGGGAGCAAGGUGUACGGUACUAGUGGACCGCCAGGUGGGCCUCCAGUUCGAGAGCUUGCCAAUGUCCCCCCAGAACUGACCGGAAGCAGGCAGUCCUUCCAGAAGGCCAUGGGGAACCCUUGUGAAUUCUUUGUUGACAUCAUGUGACAGCCAAAGUGCCUUCUGAGUCACUCACUGGACUCUCAUAAAAUGAUUGGGAUACCCCAGUACAGAAAGGAUCACGACUGCCACGCCCAAAGGCUAUGUCAUUGAGAAUGCAGAGUUUGCUAGGACCAGAUGUCCAGUAUUAUUAACCGCAAAACCACUAGUAUUAAGUCUCAGAAUAGAAUACGAAAGGCCAGAUCCACUGCUAACAUGAAACGUAUAUAUGGGUCUAUGUACAAAAGAAAAUAAUGUCGCUAUUUGUUGUUUUCAGAGAUCUAUGUUCCAGAAUGGUUUAUACGAAAAGCACAGAAACACAGAUCUCUUCUCCCUAAAACCUGCCAUUAUUUCUGUCAAGGCCAAGUUUUAAAUCCUUUUUAGACCGUUUUGUGAUGAUUAACUUCUCUGUCACAUUCUCUGUGGCAGCCCCUACUCCCCCUGUUAAUGGGUUAAGCACUUAAUGGGAUACUGUAAUUGGACAUUUUUUUU